GCCCGGGCGCAGGGAGCGCAGCGCGGGCAGGGGCCGGGGCAGGCGGCGGCGGCUCGGCCAUGGUGGGGCGGCUCAGCCUGCGGGAGGUGCCCGACCUCCCGGACAUGAGGAAGCGGGGCGACUCCGGCCUCGACAGCCCCGACUCCGGGCUGCCCCCCAGCCCCGGCCCGGCCCCGCCGCCCUGGCUGCUCUCCUCGGGCAGCCCCGACCGCGCCGCCGCCAACGGGCUCCCGGAGCCCGAGCCGCCCGCGCCCUCCGCCGCGAGUUCCGUGUUCUCUCCCAGCCCCGUUCUUUCCAGCUGCCCUCCAAGACUGUGUCCUUUAUCCUUUGGCGAAGGAGUUGAGUUUGACCCUUUACCACCAAAGGAAAUAAGGUACACCUCCUCGGUGAGAUACGACUCGGAGAAGCACUUCAUCGACGACGUGUACCUGCCCGUGGGCCUGAGCGUGGCCUCGUGCAGCCAGACCAUCGUCUGCGUGCCCAACUGCUCGUGGCGCAGCUACAAGGCCGAGGUGCGCUUCGAGCCCCGCCACAGGCCCCGGCGCUUCACCAGCACCACCAUCAUCUACCCGAAGCACGCCAAGACUGUCUACACCACCACGCUGGACUACAACUGCCGCAAGGCCACGCGCAGGUUCCUCUCCAGCGUGGAGCUGGAAACCUCGGAGUACCUCGGCACCGACUGCGGCCUGGAUGGCUGCUGACCGCGGCUGCCCCUCUUGCUCUGAUCCACCCCUCGUGUACUGUGCUAACUCCACUUGCUAAAAGCAGGUACAGACCCUCUCUCUCAGCUCCUAACUCCUGCUUUCAAGCGUCAGAACGGGCCCGAGCGCGGUUUUCUGUGGGAACAUAACUUAGGAAGGGACUUGGCUCUUCGCCUCUAAAAGCCGUGAGUUCCCUCCCCUUCCCCGCAGCGCAGUAAUCAGGUGAAAAUAAUGGGAAGUGCUUUCCCAGAGGAGAAGUUGACAGGUAAGGAAGAGUGUGGGGUAGUGCCUGGCAGGUGGAGAUCCAUUUGAUGCUUCGUGGGGAUGUGCAAAAAAAUAAGAGCAGUUCACUCUCUUGCAGAGAAUGCACCUGGUCGUUCGGUUACACGUAGAGCUGUCAAGCAUUUCAGUUUAGAUCGUGUUAUCUCCAGAAGAACCAUCCCCUGGAAAUUGCUGGAAAAGGCUAACAGAGAAAAAUUCUGCAUUUAACACACACAAAAAUGUUAACAUAUGGCAUUCACGUCUCGUGUGAAGGUGUAAAUUGGGAAGAAGAGGGGUUCUGAGCAGAGCAGGAGAUGAACUGUUUGUGCAGCUCCAGGCAGCAGAGAAAGGAUCGUGUGAUUCCAGUUCUUCGGGUGAUGAGGAAUCCUCUGUGCUCACACCACCUGUGUUCUGUGUGACACACGAGUGUUUCUGUGCCUGCAGUACAGCUUGUAACAGAGAAUACCAGGCCAGAAAUUAUCCCAUUGUUGUCGGAAAGUCGGAUCUUGGUGAUUUGGAGGUGGAAAACCACAAGUGCCUUGUUUUUACCCACACUGACUGUGUGCACUAAGGGAGCUGUAACCAAAGCAAGGUUCAGAUAAAGUGCUGGACAGAAGGAUCCAGAAUGGCAAAGGAGGUGCUGGAUUGGGUGUGAGACACCGUUGUGGUGGGGUUGGGAGGAGGGAAAUGGUAGCAAAGGACAGCAGGCAGGUUUUUAGCUCUGCUUCCCUGCUGAGCUUGUCAUGGCAAAAUCCAUGUCCUUGGGAUCAGGGAUGUCACUGGGAUGGGGCAGCCUCUGCCUGUCUGCAGGCUGCUGAAAAACCUCUCAUGAGUGCAUGAUGAGUUUGGGGACCAAAGGGAAUAGCUCCAGAUACUAUGAAAGUCUGUCUGGAUGUUACGUGAGCUCGUUUAUUGUGUGCCUUGAUGAAAAUAAGACAGAGGUUUCCUUCUUUUCCCAGAUUUUUUUUUCCUGUGUUGACAGAGUGCAGUGUGGAGAGCAUCUGCUUUGGGGAGCGUGGGUUGUGCUGGUUUUUUGUGUGGUGUAGUCUCUCAGAAACACCUGAUAGACCUGUCUUAGCUGGACACAGCUUUUCCAUGUAUUCCAAAACUCCUCCGAGGUGUGAGUGUGCAAAACCAGUCCUGGAGCAGCUUUUAAAGAGGACUUGGCAAUGCACAGCCCCAGGGGUGAGUUUUGUCAGUGGCAACCUCGGGAGCCUGUUCUUGAGCUGUGCUUUAAUGUGUGUUUGUGCAAGUGUGAUGGAUGGUGUGGAAGUGUAUCCCAGGGAACUGAAAGGAGUUGGGAGACGAAGAGUGCAGCAGGAAGGAAGCCUUGAGUCUGUAUGGUUUGGGGUUUUGUUGUUGCUGUUGUUAGGGGUUUUUACUUAUUUAUUAGCUCAGAAUAGAACAUCCUUCACCUUUGGUACUUGCCUCAGAAAGGCAGCUCCUGAAACAAUCCCAGGAUGAGAGAGAACGUGGUCGGGCAGGCAGCGCUCUGGAGUUAAGAGCAACGCAGUGUCACCUUUAAACAUCUUGGUCUCAGGCUGCAAGACUGGGGAGAUGUGUCUUAAAUGUGAUGCAAUCCUGCCCUAACUGCUGCCCCAGGAUGUCCUUGUGGUGUAACAGAAGGCCCAGCUCACCCCACAGCCCGUGGGCUUUCACACUCUCCUCUGUGGGAUGGGGUUGCUCCAUCCCUCGCUCCCCGCACCUCGCUCCUGAAGCAGCUGGUGCUGGCCACUGUUGGACGCAGGAUUCUGGGAGAACACGGACCCUGGAUCACUCCCACAAAUGCUCUCCCAGUGAGUCCACUUGGAACAGAUCUAAGAGGAUUGAAGUUGUAGCCAUUAGUCGUUCCUAGAAGCAAAACAACCCACAAAAUACCCCUCACGCUCUGGUUUUAGGAUAAAGCGCCUGAUUUUUGUAAAGCAAGCAAACUUAAUGUGUACCUCUUAAGAAUAUUUUAAUUGGUAGAGAUACCUUUUAAAUUAUUUAUGUUCCAACAUUUGCAAAGCUCUGAUUAGCUCUGUGCAAGUGUUCUGGUGUCUGUGAUGUUUCCCACCCCCCUCCUUCUGAUUUUCAAUUUGUCUUUUACUUAUUGGUAAUAAAUGAUCUGAAAACCA